AGCGGGCUGCACACGGAAGCGGCCAUUCGCUCAUUCUUCAUUCUCGCGCGAGGUCGCAGGUUGCUCUCCCUCGCUGCCGCGCGUUGCCCUCUUACCUCUUCGUUCAUGUGCAAACUACUCCUCACCCACCUCAAGAAACCGCCCCGAACCCCCUCGGGACGCUGUUCCCCCCACCCCUGGGUCCGCAAGCUCGCCGACUCCGUCGUCCGGGUUCUGCUCACCCGCAAGGCCGACCCCCGAUGGGAGCAAACCCUCGAAGAGAUGUUGUCCAGCCACGCCGAGGAGGAAUACAUGGCCCCGAUCAUCGCUCGCAUCCGCGACCCCGACGCCGCCCUCGACUUCUUCGACUGGGCUCGCCGCCGCCGCCCCAGCUGGGCCGACCCCCCAGACUCCCUCUCUUACUCGGAGCUCCUGCGCCUCCUCGCAUGGCCCGGUCGCCUUCCCGAGGCCGGUCUCGUGCUCGACGCGAUGAGGAGCGACGGGCGCACACCGACCCGCGAAGCCUCCAGCGCUCUCCUCGUCGCUUAUGCCGAUUCCGGCGCAGAGGAGAAGGCUUUGGAUGUCUACGCGAGUAUGAGGGAUCAAGACGGAUGUUUUCCUGAUGUUUCUGGUUGCAACAGUUUGUUGGAGUUGCUCGUGAGACAGCGGCAUUAUGGAUUGGCUCGUAAAGUGUACGACGAAAUGGUUGAAAGAGAGGGCGGGGCUGAUAACUACAGCACUGGUAUAGUGGUGAGGGGUUUGUGCUCGGAAGGGAGGAUGAAUGAGGCCAAGAGGUUGAUUGAGGAUAGAUGGGGUGCAGGGUGCAUUCCGAAUGUUGUAUUCUACAACAUGCUUGUUGAUGGAUAUUGCAGGAAAGGCGACAUCAGGAGAGGAUAUGCACUAUUUGAAGAGAUGAAGUUGAGAGGAUUCUUGCCCACAGUAGUGUCAUACGGCAUUGUUAUUCAUGGAUUAUGCAUGAAAGGGAACAUUGCUGAGAUAAAUAGGUUGAUUUCGGAAAUGAAAGCCCGUGGAUUGCAACCAAAUGUGCAAAUUUACAAUGAUGUGAUUGAUUCUCGGUGUAAGCAUGGUUCUAUUGUUGAAGCAAAAGCGGCGCUGAGGCAAAUGAUUGGAAGUGGAUGUGAACCUGAUAUCAUUACAUAUAACAUUUUGAUAGCUGGUUUUUGUCGAGAUGGGAAAGUGCCAGGAGCUCAGCAGCUACUGAGGGAGGCUAUUAGCAGGCGGUUGAGUCCAAAUAAAUUUAGCUACACGCCCAUCAUACAUGGAUAUUGCCAAAUAGGAGAUGUUGUUACUGCAUCAAAUUUGCUUGUCGAGAUGAUAGAGAGAGGUCAUAGUCCUGACUUGGUAACUUAUGGAGCUCUGAUUCAUGGGCUUGUUGUCUUGGGCGAGGUAAAUGAUGCCUUAGAAAUUAGAAAGAAAAUGAUGGAGAAGGGAGUGCUCCCAGAUGCAGCAAUAUAUAAUGUCCUAAUCAGUGGCCUUUGCAAGAAAGGGAUGCUUCCCUCUGCAAAGAAGCUAGUUGCUGAGAUGCUUGAUCAAAAUGUCAUCCUGGAUGAAUUUGUUUAUGCCACGCUUGUUGAUGGAUUUAUCAGAAAUGAGGAUCUCAAUGAGGCAAAGAAGGUUUUUGAAUUCAUGGAUCAGAAAGGCAUUAAACGUGGGAUUGUUGGUUAUAAUGCCAUGAUCAAAGGUUACUGCAAAUUUGGUAUGAUUCAUGAUGCAAUUUUAUGCAUCAGUAGAAUGAGGAAGGAUGGUUACCCCCCUGAUGAAUUCACAUACACAACAGUUAUUAAUGGUUAUGCGAGACAAGGUGACUUAGAUGGGGCUAUGAGAGUAUUCAUUGAUAUGAUGAAGCAUAGAUGCAAGCCCAAUGUUGUCACGUAUUCUGCUCUAAUCAAUGGAUAUUGUCAGAUCGGAGACACAGAUACAGCAGAGGUCCUUUUCAAAUAUAUGCAGCGUAAUGAGAUCACCCCUAAUGUUGUUACAUAUAGCAUUCUUAUAGGAGGCUGUUGUAAAAGUCAUAGAAUGGCUAGAGCUAUUAUAUACUUUGAAGAAAUGCUGCAAUAUAAGUGCCUACCUAAUGACUUCACAUACCGUUACUUAAUUAAAGGGCUAACAGAUAGUAUUUCCAAUUGCGAGAUAAUUAAUAGCAAUGAUCUUCAACAUCGACACGAGUAUGCAACUUUAAAUAUCUACAAAAUUAUGGUUCUUGAAGGUUGGGAUCACAAGACUGCAGCAUAUAAUGCUAUCAUAUUUUGCCUUUGCAAACAUCGAAUGCUUAAAAGUGCAUUGGAGCUGAGAGAUAAAAUGAUUGAAAAAGGUUGUUUGCCUGAUCAUAUCACAGUUGUUUUCCUUCUCCAUGGAGCCUGUGCAGAAGGGAAGCUAGAAGAUUUGAAGAGCACUCUUUCUUGUCAUUUUCAGCAGAAUGAAUUUGAGGUGGCUCUUAAGUAUGCAAGACUUGUAGACGAGUACUUGUAUCAAGGAGAAAGAUCUGAAGCCUCCUUGAUCUUGGAGACAUUACUUGAAGACGGGGCACAAUCACCUGAAUUGGGCCACCGUGUGGCUCUUUCAUAUCAGUGAGUAGUUACUACUGAGAUCUACCAGUGCUUAUGAGGUGAUAAUUGAAGUGGAGUUGUUGCCAAUUAAAGACUUAUUGGAUAUUGUGCAGAAGAUAUCCUUGACCUUGGUCAAAUAGGGUGGUCACAGUGAACUUUUUGCCAUUAAGAGUUUCGAGGUAUAUUUCAAAUGAUGAAAAGAAUGUGAACGAAAAAGGGUAAUUGUUAUUGAAAAUCAUCUCAAAGUAGAAAAAAAAAGACUACCAUGGCUUUACACUACUUACCAAGGUCACUAGUCAACCAGUUGGAGAUGAGGUUGGAUUUCUGCCUUGUAUAGAAGAGAGAGAUAUCAGUUUGCUGAUCCAAAGAAAAAGAAGCUGCAUGUGAAUGGCCGGAAUCUGGAUACCACUAGGUUCCUUAGUGGAAUUUGGUGGAAGUUCGUUUCAUGGAACAUUCUAUUACAUUCUCUCCAAGCCAUGACCAAGUUGCUAAGUGUGUUGUGUUGGAUUGAGCCGACAAGGUGAGCCUGCGAUUUUUCUAAAGAAGUGGAAUUACUCGAUGCUCUAGUUGAUUAUAUUGGAGGCCUUCAAGCAUUCUGAAAGAUUUGAUGUUGAAGACUCUAAACCCCCUCAAGUUCCUAUGAUCCCAGUGGCGAUGCAAGAGAACCCUCCCUUCUCAUGAAGUAUAUAAAAAAAAAAGUAGCUUCUGCUCAGUAGACCCACCUGUUUAAAAGACUAGCAUAUGACAGUAAAACCCGUUCAGCCAUUCAAUGAUCAGUGAUGCUGCAGGGAUUCAGACAACCAACCAAAGUAGCAAAAACAAUGUUGGUGAGUGGGACUGCACAAGAGAUGCCAGAAGGUGAUUCUGAAAACAAAAGCAAUGCCUCAACAUAUGCAAGACAUUAUAUUCAUAGUGAACAGGUGAUUGUGAUGAAGAUAAAGGAAUCAAGACAGUGAUGGGAUCCAUUGUGUUACAAAGAACUAGAGCUGUUCUUUCAGAUGUCUCUUCCUGAUACUUAACCAUUAAACCAUCAUCAACCUCACUGCUACAUGGAGUCAGUAGAUAAAAGUAGUAGUAGCAGCAGUCAAAGCUCCUAAUAGAAGGAUGAUCCUUGAUGCAGUUCACUAUGAUCAUGAAAGCCUGAGAAAGCUAAUAAGCCUCUUUUUCCUAGGGAAGGGUCACAGAGUCAACUUUCUAAGUCAAACUUUAGACCAAAAUGGCCCACACCAAGACUACUAAACAAUACUGUGGUCCUUCAGUUCCCUAGUCUUUUGCCAUCAACAUCAUAACAUAACCUCAUAGCACAGUCCCAUUACAUUGUUAGAGUUGUGAACACUACAUGCCAUUGCAUCAGUCCCUGUUGAAGUCUUUAUCAGCCAAGCUAACUGAUAUCUUCAAUCAAAGAGAUAGAUGAUGAGAAAUAUUUUUUUAAGUUUGUUAUAUCAAUUUAACGUUUUUAGGGUUUAAGAUGUAGAUAUAUAAAGAUGGCAUUUCAUAAGUUUCUACAAUAACCAUUGUUGGCAGCUAUAAAAACAUCAGUCUAACUUUU